UUCAAAGUGUUCGGUUCGGGGCAAGAGUGCUCCCACUUAGGAAAAAUAGGAUCCCUUGCAAAUAUGUCACUCAAAUACUUAUUCAUUGUAUCGGCAGUGCUGAUCGUUUUGUGCGGAGCAGAUGUGUCGGAAAUAAAGGCGGAUAAAGUGGCUCUGCCAUUCAAUGACUUACUGCCACCGCUGGUGGAUGAAUCGAGCACCACCACGACAACCACAACUGCGAGGCCUGCCACAACGCCGGCCACAAAGCCCACCAAGAAAGCGUAUUACCAGAAGCCGGCUCAGCUGGCCAAGGAGGAUAAAUCGAAGUCCGGUGCUAGCACACAGGACGUGCAGGACCUUGCCCUCGAUCUGCUGCCACCCUUCGAGGACGAAGCCAAGCCAGCGGAGGGAAAGCCUCAGGGUCUGGUGAAAACUACGCCACGACCUGUGAUCAAGGUCACUCCGCCGGCUGCUCCCAAGGUCACUCUUCCGGCAGUUCCCCGGCCGCAGUACUCGGUCCAACCAGCCGCAGCUCCUCGGCCCCAGUACUCGGUCCAACCAGCUCCACCAGCGGUACAGCCCGCCCAAGGCUCGGCUCAAAGAAGCGGUUUCCAGUCCCGGUUCUCCAACUAUUUUCUCACCAGUACCGUCCGACCACGGCGCGGUCCUUUGCCCACGAUCACUCCUUUCCCGCGCCACGUCAGGCAGUAGGAAUCCAUUUAAUUAGAUUAGACAAGCAACCAUUCAAAGGCCACGUCGAAACACAAAAUAAAUAAGAUACGAUACAGCAUGAGAUAAUGAGUGGAAACUAUUCGGUAUUAUUUAAAAGUGACUGUUGAAGCAUGAAACUCACAACAAAAGAUGCGAAGAUUCCAAAUGUUGAUGGAUCUUAAAUAAUUUAUGAAUGCAUAAAAGUGAACAUUUUGGACCACAGAGGCACAAACAUCUGUUGGCAUAAUGACAAGUCUGGCUAUCUGUUUUAAAUAAGCACCUCUGUGACGGAAUUAAAGUGGGCGCAGUUAAAAAUAUAACAUAAAUUGAUAAUUAUUAUAAAGCAAAAACUUGUAUUUUUAAUUUAAUCAAAAAGUACAUU